GGGAGUUUGUCCAUUACCGUGAACAAGAGCGGAAGUUACGAGCGUUUCGUUUUGAAAUUGGCGAUCUUCUCGAGAUAUAGUAUUACGAAUGGGUCAGCAUCAUCAGUGAUUUGAACUGGAAAAUUCGGGUGAAGGUUGUUGCAUUAACCGAUUCAUUUUCGGAAUGUUGUAGUCAAAAAUGAAGUCUUCGCUAAUCUACAAAAAUGGGCAUUUCAUAAAUGUGGGAUGCUGUAGAUUACUUAAUCCUAGACAUGCUGCUAUUACGGCCGCAAUUUAUACAUUGAACAUCUCAAUCCUUGUUGUUCUUCUGUACAGCUGGAGAAUAAGCGUCAAUGUUAAAAAGUAUGUAACGUUAGAAGAUGUUUAUUAUGGUGUUCAAAUUGCUUAUUUGGCAAUAAUAGGAACACAACUCUUCAUGAUUCUUCUGAGCAUAUUAUUAUUAUACGGAAUAUACAGAGAAAAUAUAUCACUAAUAAUUCCGUGGGUAAUAGGCUUUAUCACCUUUAUGGCAUUGGAAGCAGUCUCUAUGGUAUAUUCCAACGUUCUCAGGGAUCAUGUAAAUAAGGAAUUCGACGCCCUCUGUAAAGCUGAAAUGGCGUUUUUUAUCUGCAGAAUAUUGAUUAAUAUAGCUGCCAUGACUGGAGUAAUGAGAUUUUGCAAUCUCUUGCGAACAGGUAUUUCGUGGAAAGGUCCAGAAGUAAUUGAACUAUGAUCGAGAAACUCGUUUGGACUGGAAGAAGAAGAGGACGAUGACAUUUACGAUUACGACAGCGAUUGUUCGUUGUUAGUUAGAGUGUCUUCUUCCGGUUCGGGGAUUAGCAGUAAUUCUGACUUUGUUUGACAUAUGACUCGAUGUCGGGGUAUUUAAGAAGUGAAUAUGAAUGCGGGCACGGUUUAUUCGUAUAUAUUAAUGAAUAAAUUCACCCAAUGGAGUACCUUUUUAAUGUACAGAAAUAGUAUAAGACAAAGAUGAUUUAUCUGAAUUUCGAUGUCCAAAUAAGAUACCUACCAUCCCAAUUCAGAUAUAGAAUUAUUGUUUAUUGAUUAUCAUGUGCCAAAUUUAUUGAGAAAGUGAUCUGUUGAUAUUUUUAUAGAAUGCGAAGUAUUGCGAUUUCUGUUUUGUAGUUUAUUCUUAUAACCAGAAUUAUUUUCAGAUCCCAAUCUACAUCGGAUGCAACUAAAUGUUAUUAUGAGUUACUAUGUGUGUUCUUGAAUAGAAUAAUAUUUAUAAUGUGGGGUAUAUAGUUUUUUAUUGAAGUUUAGACAUGUAUAAUCAUAAUAUGAAAAAAAUGAAAUGUGAAGUUACUUCUGUGUUGUUUAUUAAUUAUCAACUUUCCGUAACACAUAAAGAUGAUUUAUGUGGGAUUAUAACAACAAAAUUACAUAGAAAUGGUAAAUUUUCAUGGAUCUUGUCUUAGAAUAUAAAAUCGUUUUGUUAUUUGUCAAAAGUGUAUACGUGGUUUGGCUUUAACGAGUUAGUUUCUUCAGGACGCACGUUGCUUCUACUUUCACAGCUUCAAAAGCCUCAAAUCUUGUUAUUUUAAUGCAGAUUUGAUUCGUCUCACGUUAUCACCUUUUUUAAUGAGUUUGAUGAGUUUAAUCGCAUUCAAAGUGUCAUUAUAAUAUUUUUGCGAGCACACAGUUUUCGUAUGUAAGAAUUUUCAUGUUAAAUUAGCCAUUCUUUUCAAUCGGCUACUCUAGCUUCUCUGCAGCCACGGUAAACAUCGUAUUCGAGGCUUGAAGCUAAACAGCUGACGGUCGCUGACCUUUGGCGCAAGUGUACUUUUUCUGUAGCAGCAAAAGUCUCGUUAUUCAAUAGCCACACCUCGUAUAACUAACGGCGUUGAGUGCCUUUGCAUGCAAACAAAGCUGAAACACAAGAUAUUGAGUUGCUUUGUAUUCUUAAGCUAUACAAAUCAUGAGUUACGGCCCCUAGAUAUGAUUAAAUUGGUUGGAUAAGAUUUUUUUUUCGAUAAAUUGUUAUUGUUUUUAUUUUUAGCAAAUAAAAAAAUUCGUAAGAUGAAAA